AUGGCGAUUGGGAACACAGGGUCCGGGGCCUCGAGAUGGCGAUAUCUGGACAGGAUUCGCCGGACCCUCGGCCCCUUUAACCAGGAUGCCGAUGUCAGUGACGAAGCUCUGGCUGCCCUCGACCAGGCCAAGAUAUUGGUAAUCGGCGCUGGUGGGUUAGGCUGCGAAAUUCUGAAGGACCUCGCCCUCUCUGGGUUCAAGGAUAUUCACGUCAUAGAUAUGGAUACCAUCGACAUCUCCAACCUCAACCGCCAGUUCCUCUUCCGCAAAGCCGACGUUGGGAAGUUCAAGGCAGAAGUCGCAGCAGCGUUCGUCGAGCGCCGAGUCAAAGGUGUCAAGAUCACCCCGCACAACUGCCGAAUACAAGAGUUCGAUGAAGACUUUUACAUGCAGUUUCAGAUCGUUGUUUGCGGCCUAGAUAGUAUUGAAGCCCGGCGGUGGAUCAAUGCGACACUCGUCAAUAUGGUCGAUAUGGAUAACCAAGACUCCCUGAAGCCGUUGAUCGACGGCGGGACAGAAGGGUUCAAGGGUCAAACCAGAGUCGUAUUUCCUACCCUAACACCCUGUAUCGAGUGUCAACUAGAUCUCUAUACUCCGAGAGCGGCGGUGCCCUUGUGUACUCUUGCUACUAUCCCGCGACAACCCGAGCACUGUAUAGAAUGGGCCCACAUCAUUGCAUGGGAUCAGGAGAAGCCGUUUCCCAGCCUGGAUAAGGAUGAUCCCGAGCACAUCACGUGGCUAUACCAAAAGGCGCUGGCUCGGGCCCAGGAAUUUGGCAUCACCGGCGUAACCUACUCGUUAACCCAAGGCGUAGUCAAGAAUAUCAUCCCGGCCAUAGCCUCGACGAACGCCAUCAUCGCCGCCAGCUGCUGUAACGAAGCCUUGAAGAUCAUUACCUCUGCCGCGCCCGCCCUGGGGUUCGAAGAGAGCUACAUGAUGUACUCUGGCGAUGACAGCAUAUACACCAACACCUUCAAAUACGACAAGAAGGAGGAUUGCGCCGUGUGCGGAAACUUGGCCAAGCCGCUGCAGGUCGACCCCACCUGGACGCUGAGGGAGCUUCUUGACUCGUUCGCGGUGAAGGCCGAUUUGCAACUGAAGAAGCCUUCAAUUAGGGCCGAAGGAAAGACUUUGUACAUGCAGUUUCCUCCGAGCAUCGAGGAACAAACGCGAGGAAAUUUGGACAAGACCCUGAGAGAAGGGCUGGGCCUAGAAGUGAACCACGAGAUCGCUAUCACAGAUCCAGCAUUUCCGGCGCUGACCUUUAAAUUUAUCCUCCGCUUCGCAUGA